ACGUCAGAACUCUGAGGACAAUGCUUUACAGCUGAUCCACCGUGCUCUCCGAAGUAAAAGGAUGUAAAUUAAAAAUGUUUGGAUAUUUGAGAAACUGUUGCCUCUGUUUGUUAACUGCACGUUUGCAAUUUUAGGACAGACACCCCACGCUUCGUUUUCAUCAGCCGCAGGUAUAUAUGAAAUUGAAAAUACGCAGACGCAGAGGUCAUCUGAUCCAAGGACUUGGAAAAUGUGGUGGUGGUGGGGGGGGGGGGGACAUGCAGCUACAGUUUUCCACAAUUGUUGUGACUUGUAGACUCAUUUUGCGCAUCACUCUCGGGAAAAAAAAAACAUUUCAUUAUAGGGGUAAAAUACACCUUCACAAUGUUUGAGACAGAUACAGCCCUUUUUCUUCUUCGGUCAUCACUCUCUGAGCAAACAAUGCUUUCAAAAGUUUCACGGUGUUGCGUUGCGUUUGUCGUGCUCUCCUUCUUUCAUUAGAAUUGAUUGUAAUACCCACUUCAGUGCAGUUGGUGGCAGUGCAGGCAUGUCCGGGGGCGUCAGUUGAUUCAAGUGCGUCACAUCCGGUCCGCCACCAGUCAGAUGACAGCGCUCGGAUGGUUGUGGAGUUCCUCUCGUCCGCAUUCAAUAACAACCAACCAGGAUGGCAAAUAAUAAGAAAGUGAUUGUCACAGGCUUUGAGCCGUUUGGAGAACAUGCUGUGAACUCCAGCUGGGUGGCAGUACAGGAAUUGGAGCGUUUGGGGCUGGGUGAGGCUGUAGAUCUUUAUGUAUGUGAGGUGCCUGUGGAGUACCAGGCAGUCCAGAGUCUCCUUCCAUCGCUGUGGGAACGACACCUACCACAGUUAGUAGUCCAUGUUGGUGUGUCAGGUCUGGCAACCACAGUCACUCUGGAACAGUGCGGCCACAACAAGGGCUACAAACGCCCGGACAACUGUCGCUUCUGCCCGGCGUCGCAGUGCUGCAUGGAGGACGGGCCCGACUGUAUCAGCUCUCUGCUGGACAUGGACACGGUCUGCGAGAGGGUCAAUAACUCCGACGUAGGGGUCGCUGUGUCCGUUUCUAAGGAUGCUGGAAGAUACCUGUGCGACUACACCUACUACUCAUCUCUAUUCCUGGGUCACGGGCGCUGUGCCUUCAUCCACGUGCCUCCGCUGGGGAAACCCUACAGCAGCCAGGAGCUGGGUCGAGCCCUUCAGGCUGUCGUCCGGGAGAUGCUGACGCUCCUGGAGGCGGCGAAAGCUGAGGAGGAACAUUCACAUUAAUGACAGGGUGGCCACUUCAGAUGACUAACAUUAUCUUGUAGGUAUCAUUCCUCACAUGAUGAUGGUGUGACACUUUUAAACUACGGUGGUACCUCUACUUACGAAAUUAAGUCAUUUUGUAACGUGAAUUUUUCGUACGUAGAAGCACUUUUUACAUAUGAAUAGCAUAAUCUGUUCCAAGACCCCCCCCCCCCCGCCCAAAUAUAAGCAUUCAAAGUACAUAAUGUAAAGAAUAAUAAAAAUUAUGUUCAUUCACGUGGGACAGUGGAGCAGCUGGAAACCGUUGGCCUACAGUUCUGAGGUCGCGGGUUCAAUCCCGGACCCACCUGUGUGGAGUUUACACGUUCUCCCCGUGCCUGCGUGGGUUUCCUCCGGGCACUCCGGUUUCCUUACACAUCCCAAAAACAUGCAACAUUAAUUGGACACUCUCAAAUUGCCCCUAGGUGUGAUUGUGAGUGCGGCUGUUUGUCUCGACGUGCCCUCCAGCACUCCUCCCGACCCCUGUGAGGAUAGGCGGCUAAGAAAAUGGAUGGAUGGAUGUUUAUUUACCUUUGCCGUUGGGCGGCUAUGCAAAGAGAAAGGUGAGUGACAAGCAAAAGGCAUUGUGGGGGAUGAAGGACAUUUGAUAGCUGAGAGAAAACAUGCGUACAAAUGUACGCACGCGCACAACUCAAUUCCACCAAAGUCUAUUUUUGCCUUUCGUAACCUGAAUUUUCCCGUUACUAAAGACGUUUGUAAGUAGAGGUACCACUGUACUAGAAAAUUAUUUAUAAAAUUAAUAUUGCUUUAGGGAACAUGAAAGUGAUACUUUUAAAGCAGGGUUUACUUUGGGGCUGCUGAAGGAAGCUUCCGGGCAAGGCUCCCCGAACGUGCACCCAUUUUCUUGAAAAAUCCAGUCUUCUCAAACAUCUUUUUCCUUUAAAAAAAAAAAACUAGAAUAAACAAGAACACUGGUCUCUAGUUGUGUGCAAUACUACUAAUAAAACGCUUAAUAGCAACGCUGCUGUAAUUUUCACUCAUAGAAAAAUGUUUCUCUGCUUGCAUCAAGCCCGGUCGACCCCCCAAGAGCCACAUACCCCACUGUGAUUGGUUGGGUCGUCAGGUCCGCACACAACACUCGCCGAAAAUGGCCCCUAUGCCACCCAUUUGAGACCCCUGUCUUUAAACCUGUUGAGAGGCUUGUUUUGACAAACAUCCUUGUUUGGGUUUUUUUCGUCCACCGUUUCCAUACACUUGUUUUGCACUAUAGUUGCAUCUGACAUUAAAAGGAAAAAGUCUCUGCAAUGUUGAUUUACUGAUCUCUGGGAGAAUACUGAACAUUCAAUCAAUAAUGAUUAAUUGUUAAUGAUUAUAUGUGUAAUUAAUGCAGAAAGUGGCUGCAU